AUGAAGCAGAGGGAGACGCAUCACCAUCAACAGGAUAACGAGAAGCCCCACCAGCAGCAGCAGGACCACCUGGGGCGAAAGCAAGUGGAGACGCAAGAAACGGGAGAGGUGCAACGACGGCAUAAUCUCGAGGAUCAACCAGGGAUUCCAGAGAGCGAAACAGCAUCGUUGCUGCAGUAUAGCGGCUGUCCAUCAGCAGCAGAAGCAGGAAGUUCCUCUGCUCACCACAGUGAAGACACACCCAGGGGUUGUCCUACAGAAGUGGUAAAUUUGAGCCAUGGAACCAUACUUAUCUGGGCUCCUGCUGGCUCAGCGUCAGUUGGGCCAACUUCUGCAGCAGCUGAAGCGGAGUCACAGUCAUACCCUAAUAGAGCGAUCGGGAAUCCUUCUGCUGACACUGGCUACUCUCCCUUGGCUCCACACUGUUUCGUCCCUCUGAGGCCAGGCGCCGCGCUGAAUCUCUCUUCGGUUCUCCAGCAGCAGCUUAUGCAUCAGCAGCGACAUCAUGCCCGCCUAAGCAGCACAACAGUCGUGCGGCAGGUGCUUCUGGCUGAAGAGAGAAGAGCUGCUUUCUUCGCCCCUCAGCGGCUGCCUUUGAUCCUGUACCUAUCUUCUUACCUUGUCCCAGCAAAACAGCGGCAGAAUCGGACUCAAAGUGAGCAGAUUCUGGGUAAGAAGACUUGGCCUAACGGGAAACCCCGUGUCAAAGUUGCCUUAUCGAGCUGGGCUGCCACCCAAGCAGCACCAGAAGCGGCUGGAGCGAGUCCAGAAAUAGUUGACGCUGCUUUUCUGGCUUCAUUGCUUUGGGCUGUCGCGUCAUGGUUUUCCCGACUGGCAGAGCUGGUGCCAGUAUCAGCUGAAGCGGCCACCGCCGCUCUAGGUCUUUGUACCACCACUUCUGCACGAGCUGCUGCUUUAGCGGUCGCCGAUGGCUGCAAUGAGGCUACAGCUGUGGCUUCUGCUGCGAGCGCUACUCUGCAGCUGCAUGAUCAGCCAUGUGCUGUUCCUGCACAAUCGCUGGCUGCUGGAGCUGCUUGCCUUCAGGGCGGUAUAUCUCCUCGUCUCGCUGCACUUAGGGCUGUUGCCUACUGGUGCUGUUGCUGUACGCUAGCGGAACAGGAAGCCACACACGAGAUGCAGCGGAAACUGUCGCGAAAGCAGCAGAGGCAGCAGAAUGAGUCGGCCUCUUCAGGCAGUGGUAGCACAGAGGCACUCCUGGAAAACAGUAACAGCUUGAGCAGCAGCACGACCCUUCUGCGCCAGCUGCAUCAGGAGUGCAGUGAAUCCUUCGCUCAGCUUCUUUUGCAGCAGAGAGAGGCACAGCAGCACCUGGCGGAGAGGCAGGGCAUCGAAAUGGAAGCUGCGUGCGCUUUGAGGGAAAAGCAAGAGCAGGCACUGCAUGCAGCGGUAGCUGCCCGCGCAGAGUCAGGUGAAGACCCAGAAGAUGCAAAUGAAACAGCAGUAGUUGCGGCUGCUGCUGCGCUUACAGGUUGCGAAAAAGGCCUGCAGGAGUUGGUGCAGCAGCACUUGAGCGAGUGCGAGCUGCUCGACAGACACUGGAAACACGAGCAGCAGCUGCUGCGCCAGCAGCAGCUACGUAUGUUCAAGGACGUUGCUGCAGACCUUUAUCUGCUGCAACACGGCUCUGCUGCGUUGAUUGGGGCAGCUCGGCAAGGGCUCGUGCUGCCUCCGCUUCCUUCUGCAGAUGAAACCGAUACAUGGGCCUUCAGCUGGCAGCAGCAGGAACAGCCGCAGGAGCACCAACUACAUGGCCAGCAUGAACAGCGUAGUUGGCGCCAGGUGGGAGAAGCUGCGCGCCAACUCUUUAAAAAAGGGGGUAGCAGCUAUAGUCUGGAGGGAGUUUCGCUUCACACUACUCCUCUCUGUAAGGAUUUUACAGUAGUUGCUGCCGGUGCGGCAGACGCAGCAGCAGAAGAGCGGCUUUACGGCGGGGACUCAGGAGCAGCACGCCCAAAGACAGCAGCAGGCCCUGUGGCUUCCAUUCUUGGUCUCGUUGGCGCAGCGGCGUCCGGCCGGUAUAACGGUUUGCAGCAGCAACAAAAGCACCAACAGAAGCAAAGUGCAGCUCACACUGUACACAGGGGCGAGGUCAUUGACGAGGGCCGUUCAGCUCAAGUGCAACUGAUGGAACAGCAACAGCAGAAGCAACAAACGCAGCAGGGUUCUACUUCCGAUUUAAAUGCAAGCGCGCUACAACAUCAGCAGAGUAAACAACGUCAGCGACAGCUGGCGGCGGCAGCUGCUGCUCACCAAGGACCCGUUUUCGACAUGCCCCGUCUGCUGCAGGGUAUCACUGGUAGUGCGUUGCCGCCGCAGCAGCGCCGUAUUGCAGCCCUACAGCAGCACCACCAGCAAAACAAAUUUCCUCGGCAGGUUGGGGGAGUGCAAGAGCAUGCGCAGUUGAGGCUGAUCAUUGGGGCUCAACAGCGACGGACGUUCUGGCUACAUGUUUGCACAGGCGUGCUGGCGGAUUUCUUUCCCUCCAAAGUCGCUUCCGCUUUUCCAAUGCAGCAACAACCACGGCACGGGGAUGGCAGCUUUUCUUGUGCAGGGCAGUGGCUGUCCAUGCUAGGGCGGGGGGAUGCCAGCCUUUACGAGGGACCUGCAGAGGGCUGGGUCGGGGGAUUUACUUCGUACUGUUAUAGGAACGUGCGAGACAUGCGCGUUAGCCCGCACUUCUACUUUUCAGGCAGCACGGGCAGGCCAAGCUGUGGGGAGCCAUCGAACAAGGAGCGGCCCGAGGGUCCUUUCGACCACUUGUUCGCUGCCCUGGAGCGUGGGCCCCGGGCUUCUCUUUCGGGGGCAGUCUUGCCAACUGGGCCGGCUCUGCAGGAAAGUUCUGCAUGUAUUCGGGCUAGGAAUGAUGCCCCAGAUUUGUUGCUGCCUUCGCUAGAGGAGCAGAAGCGAUUACUGAGAGCGGCUGUGGACGCAGUGAGGCCCUCUAGCGUGAGCCAUAACGGCCACCAGCGGCUGCUGCUGCAGCAAGGGGAAGUAUUCGUGUCGCGCCAUGCAGCUGGGCUACGCCCACAAAUUUGCUUUCAUCUAGUGGUUGCGUCGGUCAGGCAGGAUGAUGAUAAACCCCAAACGCCGUCCGCAGUGGCACCGUUUGUAGAGACGUCGGAUGCUGGCUGCGUUGCGGUGCAUAGUAGCAGAGCUUCGAGCCAUCGCACUCUCACCACUUAG